AUGGCAGUUUCCAUAAUUGUAGGUCUCUAUGAAGCAGGCUCAUGGACAAGGUACCUACCAUCCACAAGUAAAUCACAUAAUUGGGAUUCUCUUUCCUCUAGGAAUAAGCCGUCAAAGAUCAUGGACCCAUUGACAGACGAAGAAAGACUAAUCCCUGCACCCCAAGAGCUGUCUCCAGCGCCGUCCCCGGCGCCGUCCCCGGCACCGGUCAACUUUUUCAGGAGUGGACGCGCAAGGGUCGUCUUGUGCAUCCUCUUCUGUGAGCUGUGUGAACGAUUGACUUACUAUAGUAUCAUAGGAAACCUCGUCAUCUUCUGCACCAAUGAACUCGGGUACUCCAGUGCCACGGCAGCUGUGAUAGUCGCAGCCUUUUCCGGGACGUCGUAUUUUGUGCCUAUUUUCGGAGGCUGGGUCGCCGACUCGAUUGCUGGGAAAUACAACACAAUCUAUGGGAGUUUGCUUAUAUAUUUUGUUGGUGCUGUCACUCUUCCUCUUAUCUCAAUUUACUAUGAGGACUAUGGAGAUGGCAAUGCGGGUCUUACAAACUCUCAAAAGCAAGGAUUCUUUGUGUUUGGUCUCCUGCUAAUCUCCAUCGGAACAGGAGGCAUCAAGUCCAAUGUAGGUCCUUUUGGAGCCCAGCAGAUGGAGGAUCUAGGCGAAGGGGCAGUGCAGACUUUCUUCUACUGGUUUUACUGGUUCAUCAACGUUGGCUCAGGGAUCGCCUACUCUGCUGUCGUCUAUGUCCAGCAGGAAGUUGGUUUCGAUGUAGGUUUCACCAUUCCCACCGUCUCCAUACUCCUGUCUAUUAUUAUCCUUGUUCUCAGCCGCAACAAGUACUUAAUGAAGGAUCCAGAAGGGAGCGUACUGACUAAAGUAGUGAAGAUCACUUUCGAUGGGACAAAGCAAUGUACAUGUAUGCACCCAAACCAAGAUGAAGACCUUGAUAGCUGCCUGGACAGGACUAAGAUCUCAAAAGGGGGGCGAUACCAGGACCAAGAGGUCGAUGAUGUCAAGUCUCUGGGGCGCGUGAUACCGGUCUUCAUACCCAUCGUCGUCUAUUGGACCAUAUAUAUCCAGAUGUCAUCCACCUAUUUACUGCAAGGAGAGAGGAUGAGAUUAAAGUACGGAGAGUUCACGAUACCUGUUGCUGCCCUCAAUCUCUUCAAUGUGGUUAUCAUCCUGAUUCUUAUACCCAUCAUGGAUCGAAUCGUCUACCCUUGUUUUGAGAGGAACGGUAUGAGGUUGUCCAUGCUAAAGAGAAUAGGAAUUGGAAUGUUUUUUGCUGCCGGCUCUAUGAUUGUGGCAGCCAUCGUAGAGAUAUGUCGGAAGAACGUGAUGCGAGAUGGGGGGUUCCUAGAGCAAACGAUUGCAGACGUCACAUACAAUGCUUCGGACAUCUCUGUCUUUGCCCAGAUUCCCCAGUACUGCUUGAUUGGAACCAGUGAAGUCUUCACAAGUAUCACAGGUCUUGAGUUUGCGUACUCCCAGUCACCUGACUCCAUGCAGGGUGUCAUCAUGGGGCUAUUCCUGAUGACCACCGGUCUAGGAAGCUACCUAGGGUCCCUACUGGUUAUCAUCGUCAAUGCUGCUUCAUCAGAUACCUGGAUACCGGAUGAAAUCAACGAUGGAUUCUUGGAAUAUUUUUACUUCCUUCUUGCCGGGCUGAUGCUGCUCGACUUCCUCUUCUUCCUGAUCAUCGCACACCGGUAUAAAUAUGUCAAUGGCAGCACUCGGACGGGCAGUGUAGAUUCCUUUAGCAGCAAACCCAAUGAAGAACUGGGUUACUCUUAUAACACAGAGACGGAAUCGCUGCUUCCGAAAUCUCCAGAACCUCAGUCAAAGAGAGUUGAAAAUGAUUAUUCUUUUUCAUAGAGGUAUGUCUUGAUUGCACAAGAAACAGUUUGUCUGAAGGAUAUUUUAUCAAAGCUGUGUUUAUUACUUAAUCUAUUGAAACCAAAUAGAGAUUUUUUUAAGGGUGUGAUAAAAUGACAUUUUAGCUCAUGAUUGAAAUGUGAAUUUUAGAAUCGUUUUUAUAGAAUUUUUAAAAUAUUUCUUUAGAUCUUUCAAAUCAUAUCAGGGAAUUUGUACAACUUCAGUAGAUUUUGAAAAAUAUAUACUUUUUUCUUCUUCAUCCAUGUAGUAGGCUACAGUCAACCUUUUGUGUAUAAUCAUACUUUUAGCAGGUAUGGUGUGGAUGCUAAUAUGUACAGUGCAGGUUAAAACAACUAAGUCAUUAGCUAUGUACAGUGCAGCUAAAAAUAAGUGACUUUAUAAAGCUCCCAAAAAUGUUCUGUAAUCUGAUUGGUCCAAAUCUGAUCACAUGAUAUUCAGUGAAUUGCACUAUUGCAUCCAAAAUGCAC